GCAUCCGCAAGAGAAGAGAUAAAACCUAAACCAUAUUUUGUUUCCGAUCCCCUUUUGAACAAGAGACAGCGAUUCAUUGAGGGAGAAAGAGAGAGAGCACGAUGGGCAAAUCUUCAUCUUCCUCGAAGAAACUUAAACGCUCCUCUAAAGAAGAUCCCUCUAAGUUGCGUUCGGUGAAGAAGAAGAAGACGAAGAGAAGCAAAUCGAAGAAGAUUCGUCGGAUUAAAGACUCUUCUUCUGAUGAGAGUGAAUCAGAUUCUUCUUUCUACUCUUCUAGCUCUGAAGAUGAUUACAGGAGAGAGAAGAAGCGUAGGUCUAAACUGAGCAAGAAGAAGAAGAGGUCACGUAAGAGGUAUUCUAGUAGCAGUGAGAGUGAUGAUGAGGAUGAUGAUAAUAUUCGUCUUUUAAAGAAAAAGAAAAGGUCUAAGAGGAAGGACCAACGUGUAGUGACCAAGAAGAAGAAGAAGAAGAGAAGUAGGAGAGAUUCGAGUUCAAGCUCCACUAGUAGUGAUGAAGGCAGUGAGAGUGAUGGAAUGAGAAUCACUAGAGAGAAAGGAAGAGUUAAGGAUGCUUCAGAGGAACCUGAUGAAUGCUGGCAAGUGGAGGAUGAUGUAAUGACUGAGAAGAAGAACUCCAAAAGGCUUAAAUCGAUUGUUGUGGUGACGUAUAAUUACGAUGAGAGAAAGGAGGGCGUGGUGGAUGAUGAAUCUGAUGAGAAUUUGAUUGUGGAUGACCAGAGAGAUGGUGAAGCUACUCUCUCUUCUCCUGCUCAUGACAACAGACGUAUUGAAUAUGAUGAUUUCGAGGAGUUUACUAAUUCUGAAACUAGCAAAGCUUCUCAUCCAGACAAUUGCUUGAAAGGUGAUGACUUGGAAGCCAUUCUAAAGAAAAGAGCCUUAGAGAAUUUGAAAAGGUUUCGUGGAGAGUCCCAGAGGAAUGGAACAGUUAGUAAAGAGGUCUCUUCUGUUUCUGAAGGAGAGACUCUGCAAACCGAAUCUGAAAAAUUUGAAGAGUCACAAGAGCGCCUUCUCCUGGAGCAGAAGCUAUGUGUUUCAGAGGGAGACAAAGAUCUUGAGGCUUCACAAGUCGAAAAUGUGAAGGAAUCUGGAACAGGGUUGGCUGAUCUUCCCUCUCAACAGUCUGGUGAUACUGUCAAGGUUAAAGCUGGUCCUGGAAUUAGCUCUUGUACAACAACCAAACGGAAGUUGAUUAGACCGGUAUUGGGGCAAGAAAGUGUAAACCUGGCUAGCAGGAAAGAAGCCGCUGCAUGUCAAGAUGCUGAAGCAGAGAGCAUCAAUGGCAAGAGUCGUCCAGAAAGUUCUUUAGCUCUGGCAACAAAGAAUGUAGGGGAAAGCAUAGAACCAACAAAAGAUAGCUCUACGUCUCCUCCUCAUGCUGAUACUGAGGCAUUAGAUGAAAACAAAGGAGAGUCUCAGUCUGAACAGAGGACAAAUGAUGAGUCACAGUACGAAAAGAAAACAAUGACUGUGAUGAGGGGUGGAGAAAUGGUUCAGGUGAGUUACAAGGUCUACAUUCCUAAGAAGACUUCUUCUUUGGGAAGAAGACAACUGAGGAGGUGAAGCGAUGACAAGAAGAUACUACUCUAUAUCGACAUAUUUCUAUUUUUUUUUCUAAUAGACUUGUGACAACACCAAUUUUAAAUUAUCAGACUUGAAUCUUUUGAAUCCAACAAUGAAGAGUACAUUAAGUUUCAAUGUCAAAUGUAGUUGUAGCCUC